AUGGGCCUACGUAACCCUAUAGCGUUUGGAAUCCGUAUAGUGAGGUACAUCUCAACGGAUGUAUCUAAGGAAUCCUCUAGCAUUCCCGGACUUGGCGAGGAUCCUCUCCGGGCUAUAGUUGCUGCCAAGUCUCGGGAAGCAAUAAGUAGAGUAGCAUCAACACUCCUGGGCACUGUAGUAAGUGACUCUACUAAAUCUUUGGCGGCUAUUGGCUCCCUUGAGCCAUCUGACUUGGGACCAAGUUUCGACGAAUAUGGCAAAGGCUCUAGGUCACCUAUCUUUCCUUCAUCGCAACCAUCUCCGCAGUAUAACGACAUAUACACGGUAGUGGACCGUAACAGCGUCUGGUGUGCAGCAAUUGGCAACGUUAUUCGCCAAAGGUGUACAGAUGUAACAGUAUGGUCUUUCUUGUAUGACCAGCUGGAUAAACCACCCCCGGCUAGCGUAAAAUUUGACCUGGCUACUGCAUAUCGUGUGUUAUACGACAUUAAUCGAUUUUACUGUAACAACUGUGUUGUUAAGGCAAAGGUGGAUGGUAUUGUUACCAAGCUGCUGGCCAGGGUUGCCACCCUUGCCAGGAAUGAGCUAGGCAGCGGAGUCUUAGACCUGAAGAUUCAACCUCAAAAGAGUGUCUUGAAUGAAUCUCUUGGCGUUGCAAGUGCCGUUGUCGCCUGCAGAGGAUACAGGCAUGCACCAGAUAAACCGCUCGAUUAUAAGGAGGUAUGGAAGCUCUGGUACCUGCUUAACACUAGUAGGACUGUCCAUGACAGUGAUGCCUCCCAGUUGCUUCUUGAAGUGUUGGAUUUGCACAAGAGGAAGAUCAAUACCUUUGACCUUGGACGGGCAUUACGUACCAUGUCGGUGAUACUUCAGCGUGGCACAUCAUUCUCACUGGUGGAAGAAAGGUUACUCAUGAAACUCUUUCGUAGGAUCAUAAAGCUGUUGAACACCAAACCUCCAUCGGCUAAAAUGUCAGAUAAGCUAAGCGGCGCUGAUGAAUAUUACGACCACAGUGCCAGCGAGAACCAGGUAGAUGCAAGUGACAUACAUGUACAAGAGUUAUGUAGGCCUCAUGAUAAAGUAUCUGAUGAGCGACAUGGUGAUUUAGCAUUAAAGCAGGGCAAUCUUUACCUGACUGUCGGUCACAUCCGGAAUUUACUAGAGGUGUUAUCAGUGUUGUGUAAGAAUAUGCCACCAAGAACGUUUUUACCCAUGUUAUCAUCUGAUACAGCUGUUAGUGGUUUAUUUCGGUUAUUUGAUACGGCUAAGGUCGUGGUUGAGCGUUCUAUAUCCCUUAAAUGCCGGUUAUAUAGAUCAUUACCCGCUGAACUAUCCCGAGAAGAUUUACGUUAUUCCGAUGCUACGGGAAACGUGGACUUAUCUAAGAGCAUGGCUGUAUCGCAUGUGAAGUUACUUACAUCCGCUGUCGAAUUCGCAAAGUACAUUGAUCUUUUAAGAUACAGGGAAGAGGAAUACUAUGUGUCGUUAAGUCCUCUACGAAAACCACUCUGGGCAUUGUGCCUAACACACUUCCGAUCACCUGCACCUGCACAUCUAGACCUCAAUACAUCACAAGCGUCGGCAGGGUACUAUUUGCUACUCUCUUCAGCUGUGAACGGCGAAUGUUGUCUUGACUACAUACAUGAGGUUGUAUCGUGGACAGUUGCGAUAUUGCGUGAGACGUUGGCAUCGAGUGUUAUGCGAACUCGUCCAUUGGAUUGUAUACCAUUUCUAAUUCAGGUUGACAAGUUGUUAUCUUUGUUUCGUGAUCUUGACGUUGUUUCUCCAGAUUUAAUAAAGAUGGAUAAUACGAUCAGCUUGAUAUUGCAGCAAUUGGAUGUUGAUAGUCAUCUAUUCGGCAUCGGUGAAGUCUCUGGCGGUAAGAGUGCCGUGCUACUAUUAUUGUUGCAAAAAUACGAUCUGCUGUCAGCACGUCUACUUUCAUCGUUCCUAGAUGGUCUGGUUGGCAGCGACGUCCGGUGGUUGGAUUGGGAUCCUCGCAACAUCUCAAUAUUGUGCGACGUGGUCACCAGGUCCGCCUUGGAACGCUCAGAUAAUCUGGAGAUUGACCGUAGGGGUGACGUGUUAUUUAACGAUAACACAGUUGUACAGACUUCCGAUAGUGCUAUGUUAGCAUCUGCCGAACGGGUAUUGCGUUGCAUCAAGCACCAUCUAGACGUUGAAUCAGCAGAUUGGUCAAGAAAGUUUAACAAUGAUCAGCUGCUAUCACUUGUUCGUUGUCACUUCUUAGUUUGCGGCAUUGUGGAUUGUCCUUUGGAGGUUAUGCUUAUGAAGCGUUGCGCCGUCAUGAACUUGCGUUCGUGUCUGAGGUGUCUGAAUUUAGGUUCUGAUUCUCUUGCGGGUUCGGCAUUGCGGCGCAUUACCUCAUUGCUUGGGAGACGAGAUACACCCCUUGACAUUACACCUCUGUUGGAUUUCCUAUGCAGCAGCUCGUCUGUGCUCCGCCCAAGUGUUGAAAUUGCAAUACCUGCGUUUCCUGGGGAAAUAUGCGAUGGUGGUUCGGUUGAUUUUGUGUUACUGGAGCGUCUACGUGAAGCCCUUGUCGCAGCCGAUCGCCAUCUGUUGUUACUUGAUGCUGUGCAAUACCUGCAACGACGUUUAGAGAAGCGGCUACAUCAUAAUAUCCGUCUGUACCAUCGUGUUGGUUCUAUUAGAACCGAUAUGUACGUUGAUGCUCCGAUGAUCGCUUUACGCAGCAGCGCCGAAGGGUUCUAUGCUACUUUCGGUAUACUCCCAACUAAUGUUUAA